AUGUCUUCUGGAACCGACUUCAAGCCGAAAGUGAGCAUCACUCACAUCGGAACUGCCACUGCUAUCCUUGAGAUCGAUGGCGUGCGCUUUUUGACCGACCCCUUCUUUUCUCCAGCAGGCACCACAUGGGACGUGGGCAUCACUAUCCUCAAGAACACCGAAGACCCUGCUCUCAGGCUUGAUCAGCUUCCUCCUAUCGAUGCAGUGCUCCUGAGCCACGAAGACCACCCCGACAAUCUAGACGAGCUGGGCCGUAGGCUACUUGACGGCCGACACGUCUUCACUACCAUGGACGGAGCCAAGAAUCUCGCACCUCGCCCGGCGGUAGUUGGCAUGAAGCCAUGGGACACUGUUGAGAGACGCAUCGACGGGAAGGUCUUCCGCAUCACGGCCACCCCGUGCCAGCACCUGCCCGGCGGUGAAUGCAUUGGCUUCUUGGUAUCCUCUGAUGACUUCGGGAUUGGACCGAACAGCCUGCCGAACGCAAUCUACUUCACCGGCGACACGGUCUUCAUCGACGAAUUGACCAAAAUUGCCGACAGGUUCCACGUUCCCAUCGCCAUGAUGAAUCUUGGGUUCGCCCAUGUGCAGCUUCCUGACAUGGACACGCCGCUGCAAAUCACCAUGGACGGCAAGCAGGCGGCUCGUUUAUUCCGAGAGAUCAAGGCGGAUCACUUGGUGCCCAUGCAUUACGACAAGUCGUGGGGUCAUUUCACUCAGUUCGAGGAAGGAUUGGCCAAGGAUUUCCAGGAUGAGGGUGUUGACGACAAGGUCAAGUGGCUGAAACCAGGGAUUCCGGUUGAGAUUAUCUGA